UUCCCAACUUCACAAGACGCAGUUUUUAGACAAAUCACCGUGAUAUUCUCGACAAACCAACUCAACCCCAGCCGUCCGAUCACCUCCUCUGCAACCCAUUAAACCAAACCGAAUCUCUCUCAGGUUACAAAGACUCACUUCCACCUGUUUCCUUCCUGGUCUUUGUUUCUGUCGCAGUUUCGUCCCCCCCUCCACCCACCUUAAUUGGCCGCACUUUGGAAUUUUUCCGGCCAAAUCUUGGUCGGGAAGCCUAAGGCCUGAAGAGGGGAGGGUACAAGCUGGCCUUGGGUUUUGAGUAAAUGUUUUAAAUGGGGUGCUUUAGUUCUAAAGUGAAGCGGCAGUUUCCAGGACACGAGGAUCCUGUCUCCCUUGCUUCACAAACAGCAUUUACUGUUAGUGAAGUUGAAGCACUCUUUGAGCUGUAUAAGAGUAUCAGCAGUUCUGUAAUUGAUGAUGGGUUGAUAAACAAGGAAGAGUUCCAGUUAGCUAUUUUCAAGAAUAGAAAGAAAGAAAAUCUGUUUGCAAAUCGGAUAUUUGAUCUCUUUGAUGUGAAGAAAAAAGGUGUGAUUGAUUUCAGUGACUUUGUUAGAUCACUGAAUGUCUUCCAUCCCAAUGCUCCACAAGAAGACAAGAUUGAUUUUUCAUUUAAGCUCUAUGAUUUGGAGAACACAGGUUUUAUUGAGCGCCGAGAGGUGAAGCAAAUGUUAAUUGCACUUCUUUGCGAAUCUGAGAUGAAACUGGCAGAUGACACCAUUGAGCUGAUUCUUGAUAAGACUUUCAGAGAAGCCGAUGUAAAUCAAGAUGGGAAAAUAGACUUGUCUGAGUGGAUCAAUUUUGUUUCAAAGAACCCAUCAUUAUUAAAGAUCAUGACCCUCCCCUACCUUAGGGAUAUUACCACCACUUUUCCAAGUUUUGUAUUUAAUUCGGAGGUUGAUGAGAUUGCUACGUGAGACAAUAGGCUAGAUUAUGCAGGUAGAGUUGCUUUGUCAGUUGCUUGUAAAUUGUAAUUCUUGUGAAAUCAACAAGUCACAGAAAAAAAAAAGAGGAAAGAAAGAAAGUUUUAGGUAUUGAAUAUUGGUGCAUGAAGAAAGUUGCCAAAGUUGUAGCUAUGUUUGGUUGAUUGUAGAGCACCCUUCCAGAUGAUGGCUAUUUUUCCAGUUUCUGGUUGCAAUCUUUCUCUCGUUUAUUUCUUUCAUUCUUUCUUAUGGUGAGAAUAUGAUUCUGUGCUACAGUAUUUAAAAUGGUCUGUGGCAUCCACCACUAUAAACGGCAAUCUUUACAUGGCAUACACACUUUUUGUGUCCUGUCU